AUGGAUUUUGCUCAACUUAAAAUUGAAUUAAAUUCUGUUGGAAAAGAGAGUAAUUUGAAGUUAAAUAUAGAUGGAAUAAAUAUACAUCUUGAAAAAGAAAUUGUUUCUCAAUUGGGACCGUUUUUUGAAAAUCAGGAAGUUUUAAAUGACUCGUCUAAAGCAGCGAUUGAAUUGAUUUUACAAAAUUGUAAUAUUGAAAUAAAGGUUUGUUUGGGGGAAUUUUAA